CUUCUUCUUCUUCUUCUUCUUCAGAGGUACAUUAACAAAAACUCCAUACAAACAAUUAUAAUCAAACAUAUUAUACCUCUUUAUUUCUUUUGUGUAUAGAAAAUCCUUGCUUUUCCUCAGUAGGUCACAUUUAUCCAUGGCGUCCCUAAUACGUGAAUGGGUAGGGAUCAACACGUUCGCCUCCGCCACACAGACCAAAUUGCUGGAAUUGCUGGGAAAACUUAAGCAGGAGAAUGUGAACACAUUGACAAUACUUGUAAUGGGAAAAGGUGGUGUUGGGAAGUCAUCAACUGUUAACUCGAUCAUAGGGGAAAGAGCAGUGUCUGUUAAUCCAUUUCAGUCUGAAGCACCUACGCCAUUUAUGGUAUCACGUUCAAGAGCUGGGUUUACUUUGAACAUCAUUGACACUCCGGGGCUCAUAGAAGGAGGAUACAUCAAUGACCGGGCACUCGAGAUUGUUAAACGUUUCCUUCUGAACAAGACCAUCGAUGUUCUCCUCUAUGUGGACCGUUUGGAUGCAUAUAGGGUCGAUAACUUGGAUAGGCAGGUUGUUAAAGCCAUAACAGAUAGUUUUGGUAAAGGAAUAUGGAAUAGGGCUGUGGUUGUUCUCACACACGCUCAGCUCUCACCACCAGAUGGAUUACCUUACGAAGAUUUUUGCUUCAAAAGGUCUGGGGCUCUUCUAAAAGUUGUCCGGCUUGGUGCAGGGUUAAAAAAGCGUAAUAAGCAGGAUUUUGCUCUCCCAGUUGUUUUAGUUGAGAACAGUGGAAGAUGUAAUAAGAAUGAAAAUGAUGAAAAGGUUCUCCCAAAUGGAACUGCGUGGAUUCCUGAUUUAGUCAAAACUAUCACAGAAGUCGUGUCAAAUGGAAGCAAGUCAAUUUUUGUCGACAAGAAGCUGAUUGAAGGACCAAAUCCCAAUGAGAGAGGGAAGUUACUUAUUCCACUUAUAUUUGCAUUACAAUAUUUCUUUGUGGUCAAACCAAUAGAGCGUGCAAUCGCGGAUGAUAUUGAAAAGGAGAGUAGACCAUCAUGGGAUAAUUAGGGUGUGAAGAUUGUAACCUCUGCUAUCAUGAAACUUAAUUUUGUUAAUGUUGGCUUUUCUAUAUUCUGCAGUAGUAGUAAUCUGCGGCAGAUGGGACUCCUUGGUGUUUUGAGAGAAUUCGGUUUCUUGUACUUGUACUCUGGUAAAUUAUGCUCUUUGAAUCGUUGUUUCUGCCACUUCA